CUUCUGCGACAGGCACAUUCCUAAAGGAUACAGGAGCACUGCCUUACGUAGAAACAGCGUGGUUUACCAGCCUCUCCUAUUCGGCCCGUGGCUAUCAAUGGGCCGAACAGAAUGUGCCCGUAUACUACGGCCAGGCUCGUACGGCCCUAACGCCGUACUUUGAAUUUUCGGUAGAUCUGGCCAAAGUGGGCUGGAAUGCAGUUAAAAAGGGCGCCAACAGCGCAUGCAACUUUGUGCAGGAGAAGUCCCCAGUUGUGGGCAACUUUGUCGACCAGUACAUUCCAGGACUGUCACAGAGCGUCGUGGACACUUCACGUAGCACCUGGGGCGCAAUAUCACGCGUGACUGUUCAUUACUACCACGUCGGAUGCGACUUCUUCAGGACAAAAGUCUUUGUGGGUUCCCUAUCACCGGAAAACCUUAGCAAAGCCCUAUAUGAGACUCAAGUUGCGGCUGCCAGAUACUACAGUUGGUUCCACGACAAAGUGGAUUCGUAUGCGAAAAUUAAGUGAGAACAUCCCUGUGUGUCUUUCAUUGUGGGAACAUUUUCAUUUCACGGGAGCAGGACAACAAGAACAACAAAAUUUAUUUGAAAUUAUCUCUAAAAAGGAGCUAAAAAAAAAGGAACACUGAAGGGAGUUCCUUAGGCUCCAUUUUCCCAACAAUUUUUUGACAAACAUUUUUUUUUUAAUCAUCGAUGCUCUAGGAUGAAUUUAUGAAAAACAUUUUCCCUUCAAAUUCCGUGACUUCAUUUUUUUUUGUACAAUCUGUAGAUUUUUUUUCCCAUUUGAGGAAAUUUCUCACGGUGGUGGAACCUUUCUUUUUUUCACGGAAAGGAUCCAUCCUUGGACCGUGUGUGGCAUUUUUGUGUGAUUGAGAAUUUAGGGGAGAUUUCGUUGAUUGUGAGAAAUAGCCAUAAAGUAGCUGUAUAUUAUGAUUCUUGGGGGAAAAUGCAUAAGUUUUUUUUUUCUUGUCAGAAAGAUGUCUAAAUGAAAGAAUAAAAAGUCACUUACUUUCAUUCCGA